UCGAAACGCCCGUUCGAGUCCCUUUUGGGACGCUGACUGAUGGCUCUGGCCGGGAGCUUCCGCGUUGUGCAGCACGAAGGACAGCGGUUCCUCUGCUUUUGCAGCGAAAACCCCGUCCCCAGGCUUCAUGUCACAAAUGCUUGCGAGUUCUGGAGCUGCGACGUUGCUUUGGAUAAGCUGGACAGACAGGUAUCUCAGUGUGGGCUGAAUUCUUCAUGUGAUGACUGCAUUGUUAAACUCAGAGAAGCCUUUGAGUAUCAAACUCCUACGCUAACCAUACAGGACAGCAAGGCCAUCUUGCAGUUCCAAGACAGCAGACAAACUUUGACCUUUGACUUGUUCAAGGUGUCUCUCUCUGAAGCGAGGAAACUAGCUCAGGACCUGGUUUUUGGCUUGGUGGAACAGGUGCAGAAGCUGGAAAAACAUGUCAAAGAGGGUGCCCUUGCAAAUGCUGGUACUUUGCCCCUUGGUAGCCCUGAGAAGAACACACUGAAAAGCCAGUCCCUCUUUUCUCCAGGUUUUUUUCCCCCCCUUCUGAACAGAACUCAGUCCCCUCAAAGGCCGGGGCGGAGCCGGCACAGGGCAAGCGGCAAGUAAAAAGAGGAUGCCUGGAGAGUCCCUCAUUAACCCUGGCUUCAAAAGUAAAAAGACACCUUCCGGGGUAGAUUUUGAAGAGGCCUGAGCCACUCUGUACACCCUACUUCAGCCCAGACAGAUCUGCAAGGCCUCGUCCCAGAUGUUGUACCAAGAUAUUUUUAACGUAUAUGCAUGUAUUUGCUCCCUUUAAACCUGAUGAAUUGCCAGGCUUCCACUCUCCUUGUAUUCAGAACAGCAGCAAAACCUUCAAAAACACCACCCUAUCAGUGGAGAAUGCAGUGAGGUUGACUUCCCACCAGCCAGAGAAGGUGGCUGGGCGGGCCAGCAGUGGAUUGAUACUUGACGAAGGACCUCACCCCUGCCCAGGGGCAUUGAGUUGAUUUCCCAGUGGGUGACGUGCCUGGAAGCUGCAUGAGAAGCAAAGUCCAAGAGACUCUCCUCUGCUGCUUCCGCUGAGCGCCCCUCUCCGCUGGUCCAGGGGGACGUGCUGCAUUGCAGGGAUUCUCGCUUGCUUUUGCUGGAACCGCACUGGAGACUUGAAAGGAGUGCAAGAACAUUCCACUCUGCAGUGGGAGAGGAACUCGGGGAAGAGGAGGCUCCUCCUGUGCUGAAAGGCUUGUUAAAAAAAUUGCAGCUGGCUCUAGGGAGGAGCCUCUGAAAUGAAUUUGCUUUUUUAAUGUGUCAAAUGAAUUUGCUUUUUAAAUGUUUUUAAUGUGUCCUUCAGGAGCCUUUUUAAAUGAAGUAUGCCUGUAAGUUACUUGAAUAAAGCGUCACAUGAACACAUGAAGCUGCCUUAUACUGCAUCAGGCCACCACCAAUUUCUAAUCCUUUGCCGCCCCCAACCGGCAAAGUCACACGGCCUUUCAACCACAUACAUAAAUGGAGAGGUACGCUUCAAUGCCCCUGAGGAAGUGAGCUCAGCCUCAUGGAAGUUUCCGUUGAAUAAAUUUUGUUAAGUCUCAAAACUGCUACUAAAUUCCUGGUUUAUUUAGAGCAUACGAGGUUUCCUGGCUAACAGCUGGAUAUACCUGUCCAUCUUCUUUAUUUUAAGGAUUUAUCCUCUGCUUUUUGACCAAGUGGUUUUCAAGGCAGUUUGCAGCAGAUUAAAACUGUACCGUGUCCUUACCCUCCUGACAGGUCUCCCUGUCCUUUGUCCCUUCUUUGGCCAGACUGGUCUUGCCCUGCUGGGAGGGAGGGGUUGCAACCUUAGCUUUGCAACUUCCUUCUGUGCUGGCUUUCUUCUGUCCUGCCGACAUUCGGCAGUGAUGUCUGUGGACCUGAUUUUAGCUUGCUUCUAACUGGAAACAGAUGCACCACAGAAUAAGAAUGCAAAAGUAACUGGUUGUUAAAUCCUGCAGAUUAGUUCCAGAGGAAGAGCCUUUUGCAUCAACAGCAGGUUUCAUGUGCAAGAUUGGAGCAUCGCCAUCAGUAAAGUGGCUCCAUGCAAUCCAACACAAAUUUUAUCACACUGGAAUAUCUUCUUCUUUUUUCAA